CUAUUUUUCACAUUUGAAAAACAAAAUUUUAUCACAAUCCCUGCAUGGCAGCUUCACUGUUUUGACAUUGUGAUUUUAACAUUUGCAUGUUGACUCCAAUCGGUGUAUUUGAAUCUUUGACUUAUUUAUUAAUUGCAUCAUUUAGCAUUUAAAAAAUGUUCAUUUUCUUUGUUAACAGCAGAUAAAAUACGACAGACAUGAGGUGAAGAAAUCUGUAUUAGUGAAACAGUCAACAAAUGUCCAGUUGCACCUUGUUCCAAGUAAAUAUUUAUCUAAAAAUAAACUAAAUACAAGGAGAUCAUUGUUUGCCUCCACCCUUUUCCCACCUUCACCUCCUCCUGAUGUUUGGACAAAAACAAACAGCACUGGAGCCAAUGCAGGGAGAAAACCCAGACCGGCUCACAGAGGGCUAGUAUAUUACUGUGCUGCCUGCUGGACUCUUGGUUUCCUUCGCAGCGGUACAAGUGGUGCCACAGAGUCCAGCACAGUAGCAUCCACUGGAACUCCCAGACAUGGCUCAUCUGACCCUGCCAGUCUUCCUUGUUCUCAGCUUCUCCUUGCUCUGCUGCAGCCGUCCGUCUCGCACAAGGAAAGCUGUUUCAUCCCGUCAGUCUGGAGCUGCAGAGGAUGACGAUGUGAAGAGUCAGAUUGAGAAGCUGUGGCAGGAGGUGAACUCACUGAAAGAGAUGCAGGCCUUGCAGACAGUGUGCCUCCGGGGUAUCAAAGCUAACAGAAAGUGUUAUCUCACAAGUGAGGAACCCAAACAUUACCAUGAGGCAAACGAAGACUGCAUAGCUCAGGGAGGAACACUUGCAACACCGCGGGACAUGAUGGAGAACAAUGAGCUGAGGGACUAUGCAAAGAGAAGUGCCCCAGGAACCAGGGACUUCUGGAUUGGUGUGACAGACAUAGUGAAAGAAGGCCAGUAUGUGGACGUCAACAGCCUGCCGGUCAGCUACUUCAACUGGGAUCGCUCCAAGAAGCAGCCGACGGGAACAAAAAGGGAGAGCUGUGCAGUGCUGUCUGUGGCUGCUCAGGGAAAGUGGUAUGAUGAGGUGUGCCGGAGCCUGAAGAAGUACAUCUGUGAAUACAUUAUACCUUGAAAGAAAAACAGGGCUGACUGGUAUUUUGGUGAAACGUGUGGUUUUGACUAACUAAAGCUAGCCUGUACAAAACGUAACAGUUCAUGACAGGAAAAAUGACAAUUAGAUUACCAGUAAGCUUUACUAAACACAACAACAACUCGUUAUUUUACUGGUAUUAAAGUUAUAAUAAUGCUUCAUGUUUACGCAAGUCCAAAAGUGUAAAAUACAAACAAUAAAUAAAACUAUCAACUUUU